GCGGCGAGCAGCGCUCACUGCAGCAGAGUCCCGCUGAAGCGCAAUGCCUCGUUUUACUGUCCACAUCCGAGAUGAGUGGCUGGCAGUGCCCUGCCGGGAUACCACCAACACCAUCCGGUGGCUGGGACAUGAAGCUCUUAAACGCUACAUGAAGAACAAACCAGACGACGGCGGCAUCAAGGCCCUGAAGGACACUCGUUUUGUUGUGCGCAGGUGCCAGGGGUUAGGUUUGUUGGACGCGGAUGACACAAUCGAGGAUGUACUGGAGGAUAAUGACUUUGUCGAGAUCGCCAUUGACGGCGACACCAUGUCUCCUGACUUUAUCCCGUGUGAGCCUGGAGUUUCUAAUCUUACAGCAGCAUACCGAGAAUCAGCAGAAUACAUUUCCCUGGAUGGCAACAGCCUGACAUCUACAGAUCUGGUCAACUUAGGAAAGGGACUUUACAAGAUAAAGCUGACUCUCGAGGCAGAAAGAAAAGUUGUGCAAUCCAGAGAGCUUUUGGACACCAUUGUUAAAGAAAACAAAGUUGUCUAUGGAAUCACAACAGGUUUUGGCAAAUUUGCCCGAACAGUCAUUCCUGUCAGCAAACUCAAGGAGCUGCAGGAGAACCUGGUGCGUUCACACUCAGCAGGUGUGGGAAACCCACUGAGCCCAGAAAGGACCCGCAUGCUGCUCGCUCUGAGGAUCAAUGUUCUGGCCAAAGGGCACAGUGGAAUAUCUCUGGAAACCCUUCAUGCCAUGAUCCAAGCCUUCAACGCUUCCUGCCUCUCCUUCGUCCCUGAGAAGGGAACAGUCGGUGCUAGUGGAGACCUGGCACCUCUUUCUCACCUGGCCCUGGGGCUGAUGGGAGAGGGUAGGAUGUGGUCUCCUAAGAGCGGAUGGGCAGAUGCCAAAUAUGUCCUGGAGGCACAUGGACUGAAGCCAAUAUCACUAAGGCCUAAAGAGGGUCUCGCUCUGAUCAACGGGACCCAGAUGAUCACCUCUCUGGGGGCGGAGGCCGUGGAGCGAGCCCAGGCAAUUGCUCGGCAGGCAGACAUAAUCGCCGCUCUGACCCUGGAGGUGCUAAAAGGAACCACCAAGGCCUUUGACAGUGACAUCCACGCGCUGCGUCCCCACCCAGGACAGAUAGAGGUGGCCCUACGCUUCCGCUCGCUGUUGGACUCUGAUCACCAUCCAUCCCAGAUUGCAGAGAGCCACCGGUUCUGUGACAGAGUCCAGGAUGCGUACACCAUGCGCUGUUGUCCUCAGGUUCAUGGAGUCACCAAUGACACAAUAAAUUUUGUCCAGAACAUCAUCAAUACAGAAAUCAACAGUGCGACUGACAAUCCUAUGGUAUUCGCUGAAAGAGGUGAGACCAUUUCAGGUGGGAAUUUCCAUGGUGAAUACCCAGCUAAGGCUCUGGACUUUUUAGCCAUUGCAGUCCAUGAGCUGGCCUCUAUCAGUGAGAGGAGAACCGAAAGGUUGUGUAACCCUUCACUGAGUGAACUGCCUGCCUUCCUCGUCAACGAGGGAGGACUCAACUCAGGCUUCAUGAUUGCUCACUGCACCGCUGCUGCUUUGGUUUCAGAGAAUAAAGUUUUGUGUCAUCCAUCUUCUGUGGACUCCUUGUCCACCAGUGCUGCCACAGAGGACCAUGUGUCCAUGGGAGGCUGGGCUGCUAGGAAAGCCCUGAGGGUUGUGGAGCAUGUGGAGCAAGUUCUCGCUAUAGAGCUGUUGGCGGCCUGUCAGGGUAUUGAGUUCCUCCGCCCACUUCGUACCACCACUCCACUGGAAAAGGUCUAUGAACUUGUGCGCAGUGUGGUCAAACCGUGGAUUAAAGACAGAUUCAUGUCUCCAGACAUUGAAGCUGUGCACCGUCUUCUACUUGACCAGAAGGUGUGGAACGUGGCCAAACCAUAUAUUGACAAGUAUCAGACGGAGUACAUCCCAGAGUCUCGUCCCGUCUCUCCGACUGCCUUCUCUCUGGAGCCUCCGGCAUCACCGAGGAAGCGCGUUCGUCUUGAGUGAAAGAAAGCAUGUCCAAUUUUUGUUUAUUUUUCAACAACUAAAACUAAAAAAACAUGAUAUAUUGACACUUUUGUUAAUUUGAAUGAAAACCAGCAACAAUCUUUGAUCUACGAUAAAAUUUGAUUGUUUUGACCCUUUUGAUUUCUGACAUUUAAGGUUUUUAAUCCUUGAGGAUAUCUUGGUAAUUAGAGAAUUAGGUUUGCUAUAUAUAUAUAUUUCUCUAGUUAGUAUUGGGAGUAAAAGGUGCGCUGUGCACUAGAGUUGUAUUUAUCUAUACUUUGUUGUCCCUUUAUAAUAUGCCUAAUUUGGUUUUUAUUGCCACAUGACUACCUCAGCCAUUGUAACAUUUUCAUAUAAAAUAUUUUUUAAUGAUGUAGCACAAACACAACUACAAUUAAGUGUUGUUUUCUUUCUGGUGUAAUUAUAUAAAAUCUUAAACGAUUGUCAUCUAUACAUUUCCAACUUAAACAACACAACAAUAAAAGUUUUUAAAGCUG